CGAAAUUGUGAAGUUGCCGAAGCUUCCACCGAGCUUCGACGGAUCGCCGAGCAAGGUUUGGCAGCGCGAAACUCGGCUCUGCGGCACUCUUCCAACUUCGCAGUAGUAAGCUGAUGCCCGAGCAUCUCACUUCUGGCACUUCGUGACAAUCAAUUGACGUUUCAUCAACCAGAACACCAGCACCACCAUGGCUUCGACGCUGCUUCGCACUGCUCCUGCCCUGCGCGGAGCUCUUCGAGCUUCCGGAAUCCGGAAGCCCGCGGUCGCCAUGGCCAGCACGAGCUUCGUGCGCGGCAAGGCAACGCUCCCCGACCUACCGUACGACUACGGUGCCCUCGAGCCGUAUAUCUCGGGCAAAAUCAUGGAGCUGCACCACGCGAAGCACCACCAGACCUACGUGAACGGCCUCAACAGCGCUCUCGAGACCAUUGCCGAGGCCGAGAGCAAGGGCGAGUUCACCAAGGCGGCGUCGGUUGCGCCGCUCCUCAACUUCCACGGCGGCGGCCACGUCAACCACAGCCUGUUCUGGGAGAACCUGGCGCCGGCCAACCGGGAGGGCGGCGGCGAGCCCGACGGAGCGCUCAAGAAAGCGAUUGACUCCGACUUCGGCUCCUUCGAGACCUUCCGCAAGCAGAUGAACACCGCGCUCGCCGGGAUUCAGGGCAGCGGCUGGGCGUGGCUGGUCAAGGACAAGUCGGCCGGCACGCUGGGCCUGGUGACGCGCGCCAACCAGGACCCCGUCACGGGCCCGUACGUGCCGCUGCUGGGCAUCGACGCCUGGGAGCACGCCUACUACCUCCAGUACCAGAACCGCAAGGCCGAGUACUUCGAGGCCAUCUGGAAUGUGAUCAACUGGAAGACGGUUGCCGCACGGUUCGAGAAGUCCUAAGAGGCUUUGUGUGAGGCUUAGCGCGAGUUCGGGAUGUGUGUUUUGAUGUAGUGUGCAACGGGUGAAUUGCAAGUCGAAAACACCUUUUUCUAUGUCUGUCAGAGUGCUUAUCCCGAGCGUGCCAUGAUCC